GCAGCAGGAGGGACCCGGGAGCGACAGCAUUGCAGCGAGCCCGGGACGGAGCCGCGAGGCCUGCAAGCCCGGGUGGGGAGGGGUCGAACGCGGAGCGGCGGGCUGAGCAAACUGGGGACCCGGAUCCUCGUUGCUAUGCGACGGGGGCGUCGUUACUAGGUAACCCAGGAGAUCCAGCCAUGGCAGGCUCCAGCAGCAGUCCGUCAUGGAGCACGCACCUGUUCAAAGCCAUCCUUAUGGUCCUAGUGGCUCUUGUCCUCAUCCAUUCAGCAUCAUCCCAAUCCCAUCAAGACUUUGUCCCACCCACCCAGCAGAAGAGGGAGGCCUCAGCUGAUCUUUUGACCCAGAUUGGCAGAUCUCUACGGGAGACACUGGAUACCUGGCUGGGGCCUGAGACUAUGCAUGUGGUUUCAGAGACCCUGUCACAGGUGAUGUGGGCCAUCUCAUCAGCCAUCUCAGUGGCAUGCUUUGCCCUGUCUGGGAUCGCUGCCCAGUUGUUGGGUGCCUUGGGACUGGAAGGUGAACAUCUCACCCAGGGCAUGAAGCUCAGCCCCAGCCAAGUCCAGACCCUUCUGCUGUGGGGAGCAGGGGCUCUGGCCAUCUAUUGGUUGCUGUCCCUACUUCUUGGUUUGGUCUUGGCCUUGCUAGGGCGGAUCUUGGGGGGCCUGAAGCUUGUUAUGUUUGUGGCUGGCUUUGUGGCCCUGGUGAAGUCAGUGCCUGACCCUUCCACCCGGGCCUUGAUGCUUCUGGCCCUGCUGACUCUCUAUGCCUUGCUGAGUCGGCUCACUGGUUCCGGGGGCUCAGGGACCCAUCUGGAAGCCAAGGUUCGAGGGCUAGAACGCCAGAUAGAAGAGCUACGUGGGAAGCCAAGGCGAGCAGCCAAAGCAUCCCGGAAUGUGGAGGAAGAGUGACAGGGAUGCUACAGUGCCACCUUCAUUAUACCAAAGAGCUGAGCUGCUUCUGGGUCUCAUGGCCCUCCUUGCAGCCCCCUGCCUGUCUGAACUUUUGACACCUUUACCCCUGCUCCAGCUGAGAGAGGAGGAUCUGGUCCUUGGUAGCUCCCUACCCUUUCUCUGUACCCAGCCUGCCAUAACCAGGGCUGGUUGGAGGGGCCUGGUCCCCAGCUUCUGCUCUCAGCCAGCACCACUGCCUCUGAUUAGCCUGCUUCCCUCUGCUGCUGCCUGGCUUCCUCUCACAGCUCCAGCCUUCCCCAGCUCCUCUAUGGCCACACCCUCAGCUUGCUUCCUUUUUCUCUACUUUCUAUCACUGACUCCCACCAUACCAGCAUCCCAAGUCCCUUGAGGCCUUCACUGUCUUCCUCAUUACCCAGCAUUGGGAAGGGGUGUGGGACCUGAGGAUAAAGAAAGCAGAAUCUGGGUCCCCUGGAGGCCUGUGUAUCUGGAAUCUGUUACAAGUGCCUUAACCCCAGUCAACAGUACCCUCUACUUGCCACUGUACAUAGGGAAGUGAGUUGUGGCUACUCUGUUCAGAGAGCAGUCCCUUGCAGAAUCCCAACUCCCCUGCAACCAAAGCAAAGGGCAGCUGUCCUGCAGAUGGGGCCCUGUGGCAGCCGUCAGAGAUGGUUGAGGAUUUCAGAGAACUUGAAAGAGGCGGGAGGACCCACACUGCCUUGUCUGCUAGCUACAAGCAUACUCUGCCCCUCUACUGUCUGCCACCCUGGAGCACCUGUUGAUCAGUGUACAGCCCAACAUCCGGGAGAGCACAGGGCAGCCCUUGCUCUGUCCUCCUCUGCAGGACCGCAGAAUGUGCUGCUCACCUCCAUCUGGGUACUUGAUCACUCUUGGCCUUGGCCUUUAGGGGCCUCUUCUUCUGAGGCCCUGGCAGAGGCAGAUGUCCUCUGUCAGGUCCAGCACAAGAUGUGAGGAAUAAAUGCCCAGUUCUGACAAGGUUUGAUGUGGAAUCAGCUGCAAUGAUACAUAUAUAUUUUUAUCAGCGCUUGGUUGGUUUUAAAUAAAGUGCACGCUAUUUUAUUAUCUUCUGAAUAAAAUGUACUUAAAAUCUG